UGUCUUUGCUGUUACUGCAGACGAAUUUCUUUAAAAACCUGUUUCGGCUGUUUCUGUCAUUUUGCAUUAAUUUUCUAUUUUUGAGUGCAUCAAAUUUAUCAUGCCUUUACUAUAUUAUUAAUAUUGUAAAGUUAAUCAUUUUAUCCCUUUUUGCUCCGGGGAAUUUGAGUGACGUGGUAAUUUAUAGACCUUCAUUCAGCAAAAGCUCAAAUUUUCUUUACAUGGGCUAUACAUUUUACAACUAGGGAGGACGGUGGUGUAUUAUUAGUGUUUGUGCGUGUAAAAGAUAAAAAAGUACCAGGCAUCAUUGAAAGGAUUUGAAAUUACCUUGUUUAAUUCAAAUUGUCUAAUAUUUGAAGUGUUUUGUGUGGAUCAUUCUACCACUUCUACUCGUAGAUGUAUUUUUCACUCUCAUAAAAAGAAACCGUAACAGUUAUUACUGACUCUAGGCAGUUGAAACGAUGGCUGCUAGAUCACUUUGUCGGAUGAAUGUUCGAUUUACUUUCCUGCAAAGACAAAAGUAUAUUCCAAGCAACAUACAAAAUGGACUUUGUGUUAAUGAUGUGGGAAACCCAAGAAACUUUUUUGUCUUCAGAUAUCUAAAAUAUAGUACAACCGCACCUUACAGUUCUCUGUUUCUUGUAUCAAAUGUAGACUUUUGUCAACCAAUUGUUCGUAGCUAUGCAAAGUCAAGAGAUAAAAAGAAAAGUGACAAAGGUCAGAAGAAGAAAAUAGACAUUAAUGAGGAGAUGGUUUCAGAAGUUAUCAAUAAUGAUACAAUGAAAACACAAAUGCAGAACGCAGUUGAAAAAUUGAAGGAAGAAUAUGUAAAGAAUUUAUCCUUACGAUCCACAACAGGAUCUAUUGAGACUCUUCCCAUCUCUUACGAGGGCAAAGAUUACAUUUUGCAGGAUCUCGCCCAAGUGGUGAGGAAGAACCCGAAGACAGUUGUCAUCAACAUGGCUUCAUUUCCGCAAGUGAUUCCUACAGUGUUGCAAGUAAUCAACAAGUCAGGGAUGAACCUAAGCCCUCAGCAAGAUGGAACCACUCUGUUCAUACCAAUACCCAAAGUUACCAAAGAGCAUAGAGAAACUCUCUCGAAGAAUGCAAAAGCGUUAUUUGUUAAAUGUAGAGACAGCAUUAAAGACGUACAGAACAAAUAUAUUAAGGUAGUUAAGAAUAAAGAGAAAGAUGGACUAGCCAGAGAUACAGGUGUACAAAUAUCUGAAUAUAUUACUUUUGUUGCAACUGAAUACAUCUCUACAGCAGAAAAACUCAUGGAAGCUAAGCAGCAAGAGCUGUUAAAGGACUCGUAGUUGUGGAGAUUCUUCACUUAUAAGACUGAACUGUAAAGCUUGUAUAGAAUAACACAUAAUAUACAAUCUGUUAUAAAUGUG